AUGGACUCAUACGCGCAGUAUCAUACACAGCAACCAUCCGCCUACCCGCACGCACAUACAGGUCCACAGCAAGCCCACGCCAGUCCCGUCAUGCAGACCCAACAACCUCCAAACUACGGCCAGCACCAACAGGCGCCGCAAAUGCAACAACAUCAGAUGAUGUCGCAGAUGGGAUAUAGUCCUGCCUAUGGCAUGCAACCGCAGUAUGGAGUCUCUCCGUCACAAGCCGCGGCCAUGGCCACGGCCGCCGCCUCUGGAUAUCCAGCAUACUCGAUGCCUGAUUCGUCCAUGCCAGGCUCUCUGCCACAGACCUCGCCGCGUAUGCAACAGGUCAAGACGGACGGAAACCUGCCGCGUCCAAGCCCACAGUCGCCUCGCCAAAAUCAGAUGAACGUGCCCAGCACCAUGGCGACGCAGAUGAACAUGCCGCCAGCACAACCCAUGGCGAACAACAUCCAACAGCUGCAGCAAGGACAGAUGCCAGGACAGAGGAGAAUGUCUUCGGUUAACAGCCCUGCUGUCGCGAACCAGCCAGGACAGCCUCCCAUGCGCCCUCCCACCCAACCACAAGCACCUCAAGCUCAGCCUCCCCAACAACCGCAACAGUCCCCCGAAGUCCCGGUCGCGGGCGCAAACGAGGAAUCUCCCCUCUACGUCAACGCGAAGCAAUUCCAUCGGAUACUUAAGAGGCGCAUGGCAAGACAGAAGCUGGAGGAGGCUCUUCGGCUUACGAGCAAGGGCAGGAAGCCGUACUUGCACGAGUCCAGACACAACCAUGCUAUGCGUAGGCCAAGAGGUCCAGGUGGUCGAUUCUUGACGGCCGAGGAAGUGGCUGCGAUGGAGGCCAGGAAUGGAGGAAGUCUAGAUGGAGUGCCGGACUUGAAAGGUGAAAAUGGCACUGCCGUCAAUGGCAGUGGAAGUGCUAAGCGGAAAGCAGGUGACAUGAGCGGCGGAAACAACAACGGCACCCCGAGCACAAAGCACAAGAACUCUGACGAGGAUGCCGAUGAGGACGAUGACGAUGGAUGA